CUGUUAUUGAUCACGUGAUCGAGGGUGGACUGGCCGUGGCUGAACUGGGUGCGGGAACUGAAACUUGCACUUGGGUCGCUCUGCCACCCGCCUCCCCUUGUUCCGAUAUUAGCAGCACAGCUCUGCCUUCACCCCAAAAGCGCGGAUCUCGCUCUGAGCCCGGGUCUAAACCCUUGCGUUUACAACAAACCGACUGCUCAACAAUGGGACCUCCUCCGUAUCCCGGCCAUGCUAUGGAUCGUACCCCAAAUAAAGCGCUUUUCGCUUGAGACGGAAACAUAACAGGCUUGUUUUUUUUGGGAGUGACUCACCUCCCCUUCCCCAGAGUUUGAUUCAAAAAAAGUUCACAACCAAGAUGGCCGCCGAUUCCAUGCAGGCUCACAUGGUUUCGGACCGGCUGGGCCUGGGGCACAACCUUGACCUGUCUGAUACCAUGGUGCAGCAGAAGCUAGACGAAAUCAAGGAGCAGAUCAAGAGGGAGAUCCGCAAAGAGCUGAAGAUCAAAGAGGGGGUGGAGAACCUUAGAAAGGUCACCACAGAAAAAAAGAGACUGGCAUAUGUUGAUAAUAUGCUCAAGAAGUCCAACAAGAAGUUAGAGGAGCUGCAUCAAGAGCUGCAGGAGCUCAACGCUCAUAUUGUGGUGAAGGAUCCAGAGGAUCUUCUCUUGGAGUGCCCUCGUACACUGGACAGCCCUAAAAGUGAAGCACGAACAUGCACUAUCAGCAGCAGACUAGCAGCCCUGAAAAAACAGAACGACAUUGAAUUGAAGGUGAAACAGGGGGCCGAGAACAUGAUCCAGAUGUAUUCAAAUGGCUCCUCAAAGGACAGAAAACUGCUUGCAACAGCACAGCAGAUGCUUCAAGACAGCAAAACCAAGAUCGAGUUCAUCCGAAUGCAGAUUCUCAAAGCCAGCCAAACCAGCGAGCUCAGCUUCGACAACAAUGAUGUCAUUGCCAAACCCAUCAUCAGUCCUCUGGACCUGCGGGUGGAGGAACUCUGCCAUCACACACGGAUAGAGUACGCUGUGGCCGAGGGGGCCAAGAAUGUCAUGAAGCUGUUGGGCUCUGGUAAACUGGCUGAGAAAAGGGCUCACUCAGAGGCCCAAGCCAGGUUUAAUGAGUCCAGUCAGAAGCUGGAUUUGUUGAAGUAUUCCCUGGAGCAGAGACUCAAUGAGCUUCCGAAGAACCAUCCCAAGAGCAGUCUGAUCAUGGAGGAGUUAUCGCUUAUAUCCUCUCCAGCCCUCAGUCCUCGCCAGAGCUUCAUAUCCACACAGAACCACAACAGCACUGUUAAAAACCAGUACAGCACCAAACCAGCUGCACUCACAGGCAAAUUAGAGGUUCGGCUCAUGGGAUGUCAGGACCUGUUAGACAAUGUUCCUGGCCGUUCUAAAGCCACAUCGGUGCCGCUGCCCGGUUGGAGCCCCAGUGAAACGCGCUCCUCUUUCAUGAGCCGUGGGAACCGCAGAGGAACCAGCGUUCGGAAUCUCUCCAAAAAUGACGACUUGUCCAAUGAGAUUAGUGCUGUUCUGAAGCUUGACAACACUGUAGUUGGUCAGACCAAUUGGAAACCUGUCAGUAAUCAGUCGUGGGACCAGAAGUUUACAUUAGAGCUAGACCGGUCUCGUGAGCUGGAGAUCUCUGUGUAUUGGAGAGAUUGGCGGUCCCUUUGUGCGGUGAAAUUCCUGCGACUGGAGGACUUCCUGGACAACCAGCGGCACGGAAUGUGCCUUUACCUUGAGCCACAAGGGACUCUGUUUGCAGAGGUUACCUUUUUUAAUCCAGUCAUUGAGAGAAGAACCAAACUCCAAAGGCAGAAAAAGAUCUUCUCAAAGCAACAAGGGAAACCGUUCCUGCGGGCCCCUCAGAUGAGCAUCGGUACAUGGGGCCGGCUGGUGAGGAGGGCCAUUCCCUCUCCCAAUAACUCAUUUAGUCCUCAAGUGGCAGAGCUGGCAGCUGAGACUGGACACAGCAGUCACCCAGGAACCCCUGCUCUGAGGAGUGACCCAAUAGUGACAAAACUGGACUUUGACAAAGACGCUACACCAAAGCAUUACUCUCCUGUUAGUAUAAGAGAAGUCUUGCCUGAAGACAAGAUCCCCAACAAAGAGCAAGAACGGGACUCUUUGACUUCAUUUGACUACCGAAAUGACAGAAAUAGCAUCAUUGUUCAGUCUGAGCUUGAAGAAGUCGUGGAACAUGAGACUCAGCCGUCAGCGUUACAGCUCAUAACUGUCCAAAAGAACACAGAAAUAAGGGAUGAAGAGGAGGAAGAACAGUUUAAUUUCAGUCUUAAAGACUUUAAAUGUGUUGCAGUGUUAGGCCGUGGCCAUUUUGGAAAGGUGUUAUUAGCGGAAUACAGUAUUACAGGUGAAAUGUUUGCCAUCAAGGCCCUUAAGAAGGCAGAUAUUGUCACACGUGAUGAGGUUGAAAGUUUGAUGUGUGAGAAGAGGAUAUUCGAGACUGUGAACAGUGUGCGGCAUCCGUUCCUCGUCAAUCUUUUUGCAUGUUUCCAGACCAAGGAGCAUGUGUGUUUUGUGAUGGAGUAUGCGGCGGGAGGAGACCUCAUGAUGCACAUUCAUGCCGAUGUGUUUUCAGAGCCGCGGGCCACGUUUUAUGCAGCCUGUGUCGUCCUGGGGUUACAGUUUUUUCACGAGCACAAGAUUGUAUACAGAGAUCUGAAGUUGGAUAACUUACUGCUUGACACAGAGGGAUUCGUCAAGAUUGCCGACUUUGGUCUUUGCAAAGAAGGAAUGGGUUACCGGGACAGAACGAGCACUUUCUGUGGCACUCCAGAAUUUCUGGCUCCUGAGGUGUUAACCGACACAUCCUACACACGUGCGGUGGACUGGUGGGGGCUCGGCGUGCUUAUCUUUGAGAUGCUUGUCGGCGAGUCUCCAUUUCCCGGUGAUGAUGAAGAAGAGGUGUUUGACAGCAUUGUGAAUGACGAAGUCCGCUACCCAAGAUUCCUCUCAACAGAAGCCAUCUCCAUUAUGAGAAGGUUAUUAAGAAGGAAUCCCGAGCGACGACUUGGAGCCUGUGAACGUGAUGCAGAGGAUGUGAAGAAACAUCUGUUCUUCAGGAAUAUUGACUGGGAUGGACUAUUAGCAAAGAAAGUGAAGCCACCAUUUGUACCCACAAUCCAGAGUUCCAGUGACGUUAGUAAUUUUGAUGAUGAAUUUACCUCAGAGGCUCCGGUGCUCACACCGCCCAGAGAGCCCCGGCCCUUGACCCAGGAUGAGCAGGACCUGUUUGCAGACUUUGACUAUAUUGCAGACUGGUGUUAGCCACUUGUUGACAUCCGUCCCUCUCCACACACAUGCACAGAUACAGAAAAUGUGAAUCAGAUCAUUUGCAGAUAUCCCUUUUUGUCGUCAGUGUUAUAUUAGGAUUACCACAACCCCUUUUCCGUAUUAACAUGAUGAAGAAACGUUUAUUAUUAUUUUUUUUUUUAAAUGGAGUAUGUUCUGGUUCGGGAUAAUUAUUCCAUUUCAUCAGGACCUAAGCACUGAUCAUGAAAAACAUAAACUGAGCAGUAUAGUUUACAACUAUACUGACAACUGACACAAUGAACCAUGUGAUCAGGUGCCUCACUGACACCCCCUUGUGUUGAGGAAGCCAGCACGCCACAUCCACAUUCAUCUUGCCCACAGAAUUUCUUCAGUCACACUGAGAAUGAGCCUUCGUUUUUAUAGUUUUGUUUUUGAAGCAUUUACAAUGCGACUGGUUUAAAUAAUCUGUCAGCUGUCAAUGUUAAUUAUGUGAAAGGGUUUUUAAAGCCAUAGACCGAAAUAAUAGGUGAUACAUUGUACCUCAUCCAGUGAAUGUAUAGUUUGCCACGAUUACCAAAACAUCUAGCCAUUUUUAUGUAAUGGAGAAUAUACUCUUCCCUACAGUACAGUAUUAAUGCAUUAUGAUCCAAGUUACAACGAAAACCGCAAAUAUGAACUACCAGUUACAACUCUAGUCAUACGUCAGUGCUUUGAAACAAGAAAUGCAUUUACUUCCAUUCAGUAAGUUAUUUUUCUAUCAAGUUUCAGGAUAGGGUCAUGUUUUGUUUUGUUUUUUUACCAGACUUAAGCUGUCAGUGGAUUUACACUACCGUUCAA